AUGGACGAUAAAAGAAGGAGGGGGGUUGAGGACGCCGAUGACGAGCCUCAGAGGCCAGUCUCGUCCCUACUUUCCCAUUUCGAGCAUCUUUCCUACUCCAAAAAAGAUUCCUCCGCCGGAAACGGAACGCAUCGUGAGAAUGCGACCCGGCAAAGAACGCAAGACGCAGAUGAUGCACAGCCAACUGUUCGCGCGUCCAUGGACGUGCCUCGUCGCUCGCCCUGGCUGUCUCAGGACAGCCCUCGAAACGGCCUUUCUAGAAAUGUCACCGGUGGAGGAUGGAAUAAUAAUGUCCGACACGGACAACGGUCACCUGGUCCGCUAAAGCACGCCCGGCCGAUGUCGAUGAGCGUCCAAUCUUCGCCGCAGCCAACGUCGACGUCGACGUCGACAUCGACACCGACACCAGCGCUGACUAUAGAGUCUCCUCAGUCUCCUCCUCGGGCCCCGGAGGUGAGCUAUGCUGGUGGGAAUUGGCACUCUCUUGCGCCCGAGAACCCGGAUUUGUCUCCCAAAUCAGCAUCAUGGCAAAGCCCCCCGCAUGUGUUACGAGCCACAAGCCCAGGUUCUCCCUUUGGAGGCUCCGUGGGUGUUCCGCAAUUGUCACGAGACCCUUCUCCCAUUGGAAAACAGAAGAGCACAUCGGUUCCUCCUCCUGUCAACAGAGCCGACAAACCAAAGGUGCCUGUCAAACCCGCAAAUAUCUCCUCCUCCCACCUUCACCGCGGCAUAGGUAGCCUGGUUCCUGCUUCAGCCAAAGAUUCAAAGGACCCUCGCAUCUCGCCAUUUAGUACACCUCCCAGCAGCCCGGAGAAAAAGCCGGCCAAGGAGAGCACGCGAUCUAACAAAUCACCUCACCCCAUUCUGUCUGCUCGUACGACACCCGAGCCUCUUUCCUUGCCGCCUCCUAUUGACAGAUAUCCUCGGACGCCGACGCCAACAUCACGCUCCUUGGUGGUUACCACGGAGCAUGGUUCCACGAAGCCGAAGCGACCUCCCGAGCCCCCAGGCCACCUCAGGUCAAUCAGUCAUUUCACCUCAACGAUACGUGAUGCUCGUGAUCUUGGAUUUACUAGACACAGUAUAUCCCAGGACACUGACGACCCGGAAAGAAGACCUUCGUUGCCACCUCGCGAUGGUCUGCGGGGUAGGUCGGUGCGAGAUAUCCCAGCGACUGGGUCCAGACACACUGAACUUCCCCCACGAGCAUCACUUGAUUUACCUGUGAGGAGAACGCCAACGGCAACGGCCUCUUCACAACGCCUUCCGAGGAUUGAUACAAACCAACAGUUUGCCCCUCCGCCCCGUAGACAGACUGCCGCCAUCGGUGGCAAGUCCCCGAUGGAAACACCGCAAAGUUCCAAGAGCCGCCAGUUUUCCUUGCCCGAAACGCGACAAGCUCCCUCAAUGGCGAAACAGUCACCGAGAAAUGACGACUCUGAAGAGGAGGGAUACCUGGAAGACGCUCCAGUGCCCAGGACUGAUUUUCCGGACUCCUCUCAGGUCAAUCGGCGCCCCCCGGUCUUCAAAGAUGGGCCACUUUCCAUAUCGACCAAAUACGAUACACGCGAGUUUGACGUAUGCGGAAAAAAUGUCUGCACGACUGGUUAUUUGACCCGUGUAUGGGACCUGACCACCGGGGAACAAAAAUUGAAUAUCAGUCAUGGGGAGACUGUCAAAGCCCUUUCGGUGGCAUUCAAGCCGGGUACAGGGCUUGGGGAUGAGGGGACCCGGGUGUGGGUUGGGACAAACCAUGGGGAGUUGCAUGAAAUCGACAUCGCCUCGCAGUCAAUCGUGGCCUCUAGAUCAUACCCAUCCAGACGCGAGAUCAUCAAAGUAUACCGACACAAGAAGGAAAUGUGGACCUUGGAUGAUGAAGGAAGGCUACUAGUAUGGCCACCAGAUGAGACGGGCACGCCGAAUCUCAAGUACAGCUACGAUCAGCCGCCAGACCGUGUUGCUAGGGGACAUACGUUUUCCAUGGUUGUUGGUGAUACCCUCUGGCUUGCCACUGGUAAAGACGUGCGGAUUUACCGACCAAAUGCUCACGAUGACUCGUUCCACGUCCUAAAGAAGCCGCUGGGAGCAAACCACACUGGUGAAGUGACCUCGGGGGUGCAUGUCACCAAGGACGGCGGACGGGUAUACUUGGGCCAUGCGGAUGGAAAAGUCACCGUGUAUUCGUUGGAGGACUAUUCGUGUCUGAAUUGUGUCAAUGUGAGCGCCUACAAAAUUAACUCGUUGGCGGUGGUGGGGGACUAUCUGUGGGCUGCGUACAAGACCGGAAUGGUUUAUGUCUAUGACGUUUCCACCUCUCCCUGGACAGUCAAGAAGGAUUGGCGUGCUCAUGAAAGCCCCGUAUGUGGUCUUGUACUUGACCCAAGCGGGCUGUGGACGAUAAAUCGGUUGCAAGUAAUCUCUCUGGGUACAGACAACUAUUUGCGUUUGUGGGAUGGUAUGCUGGAAGAGGACUGGCUUGAAACUCGCAUGCAGAGUAGAGACGGCGAGUUCUGCAACUUUCGGGAGAUACGAGCUACGAUUGUGACUUGGAACGCCGGGGCUUCUGUUCCCCGGGACCUGGGCAAUAACAGGUUUAUCCAUGAAGCGAUUCACCCGGAAAAUCCUCCGGAGAUUUUGGUUUUUGGAUUCCAAGAAUUGGUAGACCUUGAGAACAAGAAAAUCACAGCUAAGAGCUUGCUUAUGGGAAGCAAGAAGCGCGAAAACAACGACAAGGAGCAUAUGAGCCGGCAGUACCGUGUCUGGCGAGAUCAUCUGAUGGCUUGCAUCAACGACGCAAUGCCUCUUGAAGAGUCGUAUACUCUUCUUCACACGGCGAACCUUGUGGGCUUGUUCACAUGCGUUUUUAUCAAGCAAAAGGAGCGCGACAGGGUUCGUCACGUCAGCGGCGCGGAGGUCAAGCGUGGAAUGGGGGGUCUGCAUGGGAACAAGGGCGCUUUGAUUCUACGGUUUAUCUUGGACGAUAGCUCCUUGUGUUUUAUCAAUUGCCAUCUGGCAGCUGGCCAAACGCAUACCGCACAUCGGAACAACGACGUCGCAGGCAUUCUCGAGGCGCAAUCUCUCCCACCCGAACCCAGUCUGACGGCGCGAGCCGACCUCUUUGUCAACGGCGGCGACGGUAGCAUGAUUCUCGACCACGAAAUCUGCGUGUUGAACGGAGAUCUCAACUACCGAAUCGACGCAAUGCCUCGGAACGUGGUAGUCGAGGCAGUGCGCCAGAACAACCUCCCCAAACUACUCGAGCGCGACCAACUCCUCGCGUCCAAGCGAAAGAAUCCAAACUUCCGCCUGCGCUCGUUCAACGAGGCCCCCAUCACGUUUGCGCCUACGUACAAGUAUGAUGUCAAUUCGGAUCAAUACGAUACCAGCGAGAAGAAACGGUCGCCGGCCUGGUGCGACAGGGUCAUGUAUCGGGGUAUGGGCAAGAUCAAGCAAAGCGAAUACCGACGCCACGAAGUACGCGCAUCCGACCACCGGCCGGUCAGCGCCUCUUUUAAGAUGCGAGUCAAGACUGUGCUGCCGCAGGAGAGGACGAGUGUCUGGGAGACGUGUCGAAAGGAGUUUUCCAAGGAAAAGAGGAGGCUGGCUUGUGAUUCGAGUAUUGAGUAUCUGGUCAAUGUGUUGGGCAUGGAGCGCGAAGAGGCACGCAGAGUCAUAACUUCCGGCGGUUCCUCCAAACCUGUCACGUUUUUGAAUUUUACAGGCAUAGGCAUGGGCGAGGGCCGAAGGCAAACUUCCAUCUUCGUCCUGGCAGACCACUCUCCCCAAGAUUCCCCUCCUUCUCUCGCCCCCGACCACCCCGAAACGCCCAACACCACUACUACCACUGGCUCGACUACCCUGUCUGCCGCGGUUGACCUCGAUACCCUAGACCAAACUCCGACUUCUUCUUCGUCGACUCCUGCCCAUCUGUCUUCUUCCCGCGAGCCCUCCGGAAUCCAAGCCAGUCAAAUUUCUCGUUCGAACGUUGAUCUAACAUCCUCGGCAGACACCGUCUCACAGUCCCGCCGCCGCCGCCGCCGUCGCCACUCCGACUUGUCUUCCUCGGAGCCAUCGGAUACUGCUAGUGGUCUGGACGACGGAAGCCGAGGGCUGCCUUCUUCUCGCGAGGAAAUUCAAUCUGCGGGCUCCCGCAGAAUCCAACUAUCCGGCCGAACCGACGGCCGACCGCCUUCUCCCAAGCGCAGGCGUUUGGCAAACAUGCGGUCCGAGGAUGCAUCAUCAACAAGAACAAACGGCCGGUUCGACACAUCAAACGGGCUGGCUAUGAGCCCUCGGGGCAAGGCCAGCAGAGCCGGGUCGCUGAACGGGAAAGCAUCCGCCCACCCCAACGGACAAACGGCGACCAACGGCUCGGUGAAAUCGCCCGUCUUGUCACCAACAUAUUUCGGCCACGACCGAGAGGAAGUUACCCGGAUUUUAAUACAGAGCUUGCACGAUCUGGGGUAUAGUGGUGCUGCGGCUUCUCUGUCGAGAGAAAGUGGCUAUGAGCUGGAAAGUCCAGCAGUGGCCGCCUUCCGUAGUGCCGUGCUGGAUGGGCAAUGGGCAGAGGCGGAACAUGUUCUGCUGGAAUCCUUUGACGUAAGCGACGCCGAUGAUGAGCCUUCACCGCCAGCAUGGGGGAAGCUUUCUCUCGCCGAAAGCGCCGACAGGAACGAAAUGCUCUUUCUUCUACGACAACAAAAGUUCUUGGAGUUCCUCGAGGCUCGAGAUCUAGGGGCUGCCUUGAUGGUUCUUCGCCAGGAACUCACGCCCUUGAACCACAAUAUCGCACAGCUCCAUGCUCUGUCAAGUUUAUUAAUGUGCCCCAUUGAACAUUUACAAGAGCAGGCUGGCUGGGACGGCUCAAUAGGGUCGUCCCGGGAAUUGCUCCUCUCAGAACUCUCCACUUUCAUAUCCCCCUCCGUGAUGAUCCCAGACCACCGUCUUGCCGUCCUUUUGGACCACGUGAAGCAAAAUCAGGUCAACCAAUGUGUCUACCACAACACUGCAUCUGUGCCUUCUCUGUAUUGCGAUCAUAUCUGUGACCGAAACGCAUUCCCGCGCCACACCACUGUCCAACUCACCAAGCACACUGACGAAGUUUGGUAUGUCGAAUUUUCGCAUGAUGGAACGAAACUUGCCACAGCAAGCAAGGACCACUCCGUUAUUAUAUACGACGCAACGGACAACUUUUCUAUUAUCCAUAGAUUGCUGGAGCACGAAAAACCCGUGGCCUACGCUACGUGGAGUCCGGACGAUUCGAAAUUGAUCACUUGCUCUCAAGACAAGAAGGCUAAAGUGUGGGAUGUUGAGACCGGUCGGUGUUUGUUGACCAUCGAACAGCAUUCCGAGCCCGUGACUGCAGCUGCGUGGGCUCCUGAUGGCGAAUCCUUUGUGACGGCUUCACUAGACUCCAAGGCGCAACUUUGCCAUUGGGGGAUGCGAAGCCAUCGACCAUUAUAUGUGUGGGCCGGGGGCUUUCGAGUACAAGACUGUGCCAUCACACCGGACGGCUCCCGAUUAAUUGCUGCUGAUGAGAUUGGAAAACUGCACGUGUACAAUUUUGAAACACAUGCCGAAGAGUACUGUCUUCCGCUGAGGAGUAAAGCCACGUCAGUAAGUGUCAGCAACGAUUCGAAACACAUCCUGAUCAACAUGGCCGAGGGUCAAAUCCACCUCGUCGACCUCGAAACAACCGAAAUAGUGCGUCGUUUCCGUGGCCAAAAACAGGGAGAAUUUGUAAUCCGAGGCGGAUUUGGCGGGGCUGCAGAGAACUUCGUCGUCAGUGGAAGUGAAGAUUCCCAUGUCUACAUUUGGCACAAGGAGAAUAGUACCCUUGUGGAAGUAUUGGAGGGGCAUACAAAAGGCUGUGUGAAUGCUGUCUCUUGGAACCCUACUAAUGCGAGCAUGUUUGCAUCUGCUGGUGACGACUGCAUCGUGCGAGUCUGGACUCGUGAAUCGCCUAGUGAAUCUAGCUUUGGGAAAAACAGGCUGUCCGCAUCGAACGGAUUCACCCGAACGAGCGCCCUUCGAUCGACGUCGGGUCUUUUUUAG